CUCUGGUCAUUUCUUAUACUAUCCAUUAAUGAUCAUACCAUGUUCCUCAAGAACCUUCAAGAAUUUCCCUAAAUAUAUAUAUAUACACAUAACAAAUUCACAUCAUAUAUCGAAUAACUUCACAUAACAAAUUAAAGUCAUACAAAAGAAAUGCGUACACUAGUGUUAACUCUAGCAAUACUAACUAUACUAUGUUCAUCACACGGGUCUGGAUCCAUCAUACCCUGGAUGGAUCCACCCAGUAGUAGUUUAAAUUUACUAUCAGAACUAUGGCCGGAAAGGAUCAUUUCAGACCCUUUCCGGAUCCUAGAAGAGAUACCCUUCUCGACUUUCGACACAAACGUGGUGUCGGCCCCAGCAAGGGUAGACUGGAAGGAGACACCUGAAGGGCACGUGAUAACAAUGGAUGUACCAGGGUUACAAAAGGAAGAUUUAAACAUAGAAGUGGAGGAAAAUAGGGUGUUAAGAGUGAGUGGAGAAAGGAAAAGGGAAGAAGAGAAGAAAGGGGAUCAUUGGCAUAGAAGUGAAAGGUGUUAUGGUAAGUUUUGGAGGAAGUUUAGGUUGCCUGAAAAUGUUGAUUUGGAUGGUGUAAAAGCAAAGCUUGAAAAUGGGGUUUUGCGGAUUAAUUUGGCUAAGUUGUCUCCUGAUAAGAUUAAGGGUCCUAGAAUUGUUAGUGUGGAAGGUGUUGAUGGUAGUGAAAUGCCUAAGGUUGGUUCUUCUAAUGAUUAUGAUAAGAAACAAGAGCUUUAAUCUUGUGAGUAAUGUAUGUGUUUAAGUUAGUAUGAGUUUGAUCAAUCCUUUUGUGGGAUCAAUGAUAGUUUGAGUUUAUUUGGUUUUUGUUUGAAAAAUAAAAAUGGAUAUGGGAUGUAAAUUUUGAUGUAACAAGUAAAAUUUAUGCAAUAAUAACUAUUA